AUGGGUGAUGCAUCUUAUGUCAUUGGCAUAAAGAUUCAUAGAGAUAAACAUAAAGGAAUUUUAGGUUUAUCUCAAGAAGCCUAUAUUAAUAAAGUUCUUGAGAGGUUUAAAAUGCAAAAUUAUUCACCAAGUGUUGCACCUAUUGUGAAAGGUGACAAACUCUGCUUAGAUCAAUGUCCUAAAAAUGAACUUGAAAAGAAACAUAUGCAAAAUAUUUCUUAUGCUUCAGCCGUUGCAAGCCUAAUGUAUGCUCAGGUCUGUACAAGACCUGACAUUGCUUUUGCCAUUAGCAUGUUAGAAAAAUAUCAAAGUAAUCUAGGAAUUAUCCAUUGGAGAGCUACAAAGAAGGUCUUAAUGUACCUUCAAGGGACCAAGGACUUCAUGCUUACAUAUAGACGAACCGACAAUUUGGAAAUUAUUGGAUACUCAAAUUCAGACUUGGUGGGAUGUGUUGAUUCUAGGAAGUCAACGUCAGGAUACAUCUUUAUGCUUGCUGAUGGAGCAGUAUCUUGGAAGAGUGCAAAACAAUCACUUGUAGUCACUUCUACCAUGGAAGUCGAGUUUAUUGCUUGUUUUGAAGCUACAUCACAAGGUGUUUGGUUAAAGAAUUUCAUCUCUGGGUUUAAGAUUAUAGAUUGUAUCUCUAGGCCAUUGAGAUUGUGA